AUGGCUAAGAUUCAGAUGAUGGUGGUGGUGGUCAUGAUGAUCACGAUGAUGGCGUGGGUUGUGGCCGACACAAAUGGUACGUCCUCUGCUGGUGAGCAAGGUUCGUGGGCCCAGUUCAAAGAGAUCGGCUCAGCGAUGAGUGGCUGGGUCGCUGUUCUUGGCCUUAUUAACACUUGGUUCGACCCCUGGGAUCGUUACUUUCCCAAGAAAGGCACACAAGGCGCUCCCGGUGACAAAGGUGCUGAAGGUGCCGAAGGCGAGCGUGGAUCACGAGGUCCGGUUGGAGAACCAGGUCCAUGUCAAUGUCGAUGCCGAUCCUCAAGUACCAUGGUCAAUGCUUCGACGCAAACCUCUGCCCCCGCGAACAACUCGUCUCGGAGUUCAUCUACUCGCUCUUCCCGUAUCACCGCUGGGACAAAACCAGCGGGUAAGAACAUGAAGCUACGUUGGAGAGCGCCUCCGGGAAAACCGAUUUGA